UUGAGAGUUUGCAAAAACCUCUUACUCAAAGAGCACAUAAUAGGCGCUAUUUUAGGGUUCAGCAUUAGGCGUGUGGUAGCCUUGGAUUCGCUAUCUACAAACUCCUUUACGGCGAGCGAUCGGUGACCUGGUUAUUCAAUCGGACGGUCCAAAGCUGUCCAAAAUACACGUAUUCUGUACACAGAAAAAUAGUGUUAAACCAAACGAGUAAGAAAGUGGUUUUCUCCUCACUACUAUUGUUAUCACUAUCAUUAUUCCUAACUAAACCAAAUCUACUCGUUAUUGGAUACCCAGUACUGUUAAUUUUGCAUCGUCUUCUACAGAUUAAAUAAAAUUCCAGAAAUUAACGAGAGUCUUAGUGCAGGAAGGAGGUUUUGUUCAGGGUUUGAAGGAGGGGUUUUUGAAUUAUAACAAUAAUAAGAAGAUGAUGCAGGCAGGGCCCCCUGCCCCACCUCCGCCUUCCAAUAAUUCCAUUCCUAAUAACAAUGUUGUGGUAGAUCCUGCACAACAGCAGUGGAUGGCGAUGCAGCAGUACCAGGCGACCAUGCACUCCCAGCCACAGUCUACUGAUGAGAUUAAGACACUUUGGAUUGGGGAUUUGCAGUACUGGAUGGACGAAAAUUAUUUGUAUACUUGCCUUGCACAAACUGGAGAGGUUAUUUCUGCAAAAGUCAUACGGAAUAAGCAAACUGGACAACCAGAUGGCUAUGGUUUUGUAGAGUUUGUUUCCCGUGCAUCUGCAGAAAGAGUUUUGCAAACCUAUAACGGCACGCCAAUGCCUAAUGCCCAGCAGGCUUUUAGAUUAAAUUGGGCAUCUCUUGGAGCUGGAGAGAGACGUGCUGACACUAGUGGUGGCCAUUCCAUAUUUGUUGGAGACUUGGCUCCUGAGGUAAAUGAUGUUCUUCUGCAGGAAACUUUCCAAAGUCAAUACCCAUCAGUUAAGAGUGCAAAGGUCGUAGUAGACACAACUACAGGGCGUUCCAAAGGUUAUGGAUUUGUCAAGUUUGGUGAGGAGAAUGAAAAAACUCGAGCUAUGUCUGAAAUGAAUGGUGCUUAUUGCUCAUCAAGACCUAUGCGUAUUAGUGAAGCUACACCAAAGAAGUCUGUGGGUUUUCAACAGCAAUAUUCUAUGAAAGGUUCCUUUCAGACACCAUCAUAUGGUGCGCCAGCCGGUCAAGGCUACCAAUCAGAUAAUGAUCCAAACAAUACUACUAUAUUUGUUGGUGGGUUAGAUCCCAAUGCAACAGAUGAAGAUUUAAGGCAAGUUUUUGGGCAGUUCGGAGAAAUUGUAUAUGUGAAAAUACCUAUGGGCAAAGGAUGUGGUUUUGUGCAGUUUACUCUGAGGUCCUCUGCUGAGGAAGCUUUGCAAAGGUUGCAUGGAACACUUAUUGGCCAACAAACCAUUCGCCUUUCCUGGGGUCGCUCUCCAGCAAACAAACAGCCUGCAAACUGGAGUGGACAACCCCAACCUGAUGCAAGCCAAUGGAAUGGUGGUGGAGCUUACUAUGGUUAUGGUCAAGGAUAUGAAGCAUAUGGUUAUGCUCCUCCCCCUCAAGAUCCAGCUAUGUAUGCUUAUGGUGCUUAUCCUGGUUAUGGGACUUAUCAGCAACAGGCACUCGGACACUGAUCUAGACGUGUUUUUAUCUGCAGUAAAAUAUGCUUCUUUCAGGUGUCUCGAGGAAGUUGGCGUUAUGUUGCUAAUUGCCAAGUUACAUAAGCACCGAAUUUUAUAUUGAGGAUAAUAGACCUAGAUGCCAUUAGCUUUCUUUGUCACAGGGCUUAAAAAUUCAGUAUCUUUGUCUGGUUUUUAUGAUAGUUGGAUUAAAUGCCAUCGAUUAGUGUAAAAAUUUGGCAGUGCAAGUGUGAGAUUAGAAAAUUAUUCUAUCGAAAUGGAAGAUAAAACCACUGCCUCCUACCAUAGUAGGAUUGAGAUAAUUUAUGAUUCCAUGAAAGGAAUGCUGCUAUUUCAUCAAGAAAAUAUAACUUGUAAUGUGUCAUCAAAAUUCAUAGACAACAUAUUUAUGUUCAUAUGGCGUUGUCAUGUUGACAGUGACAGUUUUUGUGAGUAGCUUAGUAUGGUAAUGUCUGUUUCAUUUGCAUUAGUAGUUCAUGAAUAUAUUCAUAUCAUAUUAGGGGGCAAGGAGCAAAAUUUUGAGCUUCUUGUGGAACGUCCCCUUGAAUGUUGGCAUUAAGAUAUUGCUUGAAUUUGUUAAUUUAUGUAAUGCAUCACUGAAGAUCUAGCUUUCUAUUCA